AGUAGGAAGCGUGGGUCCUGAGAAAGAGGCUCCCUCUAGGCAGCUGAGCACCAGGAGCUGCUGGGCACUGGGAAGAGGCCACCACUGCCCGCUCUGCUGCAGCCAGGAUGGGCCUGAGGGUGGCUCAAACAGGUUUUGCGGUCCUGGUGCUGCUCCAGUGCUGCUCUGCCUACAAACUGGUCUGCUACUACACGAACUGGUCCCAGUACCGGAAAGGUGACGGGAGCUGCUUUCCAGAUGCCAUCGACCACUCUCUCUGCACCCACGUCAUCUACAGCUUUGCCAACAUAAGCAACAAUGAGAUUGACAUCAAUGAAUGGAACGAUGUGACACUCUAUGGCAUGUUGAAUGCACUCAAAAUCAGGAACCCCAACCUGAAGACUCUCCUGUCAGUUGGAGGGUGGAACUUUGGCUCUGAAAGAUUUUCCAGAAUAGCCUCUAACACCCAGAGGCUGAGAACUUUCAUCAAGUCGGUGCCGCCAUUUCUACGGGCCCACGGCUUUGAUGGGCUGGACUUAUCUUGGCUCGCCCCUGGUCGAAGAAACAAGCAGCUUCACGCCACCCUCAUCCAGGAGAUGAAGGCUGAAUUUGCAAAGGAAGCCCAGGCUGGAGCAGAGCGACUCCUGCUCAGCGCAGCAGUGUCCGCAGGGAAGGUUGACAUUGACAGCGGCUAUGACAUCGCCCAGAUAUCCCAACACCUGGAUUUCAUUAGCACCGUGACCUACGAUUUCCAUGGAACCUGGCGCGGGACCACAGGACACCACAGCCCUCUGUUUCGAGGCCAAGAGGAUACCCGCUCUUACAGAUUCAGCAACACUGACUACGCUGUGGGGUACAUGCUGAAGCGGGGGGCCCCAGCCAACAAGCUGGUGAUGAGCAUCCCCAUCUUUGGAAGGAGCUUCACUCUGUCCUCUUCUGAAACGGGUGUUGGAGCCCCAAUCUCAGGGCCAGGAAUACCAGGCCGAUUCACCAAUGAGAAAGGGUUCCUCGCCUACUAUGAGAUCUGUGAAUUCCUCCGCGGAGCCACAGUCCAUAGGAUACUGGGCCAGCUGGUUCCCUACGCCACCAAGGGCAACCAGUGGGUGGGAUACGAUGACCAGGAGAGCGUCAGAAACAAGGUGCAGUACCUGAAAAACAGGCAACUGGCAGGUGCCAUGGUGUGGGCCCUAGAUUUGGAUGACUUCCGGGGCUCCUUCUGUGGCCAGAAUCUACGCUUCCCUCUCAUCAAUGCCAUCAAGGAUGCACUCGCAGCAGCUUAGCCCUGUCCUUCUGCACACAGUGGGCUCCAAGGACACCCCACACCCUCUGGUUCCAGCUGGCCAGGAGCCUGAUCACCUUCACUCUAGUCUCCCAUCUGAGCCUCGGUCUCCCGCUGUGGGCAACACCACUGAAAUGCAUGCUCAGUGCUGGUGGACAGGGAGCUCAGGUGGGGCUGUGAGGUCAGUGAGGGUCUGGGGACUAGCACAGUAUAAGACACAGUAUCAGUACAUACCCAUUGGUGAAUGCAAAUGCUCACUGACCCAAGUCUGGCAUAGGGGAACUUCUUCAACUUGUUUACCCCCAACCCUCCUUAUAAAGGACACCAUUUUGGCAAGCUCUACCACCUAGCAGCCAAACAUCCUACAAGACUCAGUUGCCAUACUAAUUAUACCCUCUGCAAAGCCCAAGUUGAAACCUUCAUUUAGGAACAUAAUCAUGUCUCCUAUGCCACUUCCCUUUCCUAAUUCCACAACUGCUCAGUAAAGUACAAGAGCUUAACAGUG